UACUCUCAAACCAGGAAGAAUAAGGAAAAGAAAAACAACAGACACACUGAUAGCUUUUUUGGGAGGGGUGGACUUUUAAAUAUUAUCCCACACUUGUUUUUUAAGGAGCUGUAAAGUCAAACAUUACGAAGAUGAACUUGGAACCAGGUCUUGUGGUUCUGCUGGGUCUGCAGCUGGUGGUGGGAGCUGGACACUGGUGUGAACGUGUGGUGGAAGACAGAGUGGAGUGGGUUCUGUCCCCACGACUGCAGCUGGAAGUGGGCUGCUCUGAAGUGUACCAGUACAACACCCAGGGAUGGAGGCUGGAUGUGGACAGGAUGCGCACAGUGCAUGGAGGGGACGACGGAAUCGCUCGAUAUUACAAACAGCAGGGACAGACGGCGUCCUGCUUCUUGUACAAACCGCCGGAGAUGGAGAGUCAAGCUGUGAAUAAGACAGUGAGGACCUGCUGUGAGGGCUGGGGAGGACCUCACUGCUCUCAGGGUGUUGGGGUCCGUGGUCAGUGCUAUUCCACAUGGAACUGUGAGAAAUUCCCAGGAGUUCAUAACUCCUCGCUCAUGCCGAUGGAGCAAUGCUGCAGCACCCUGUGGGGUCUGAGCUGGAAGAACGCCUCGGACCAAACCUGUUUGACUUGCACCUACACUCUGCUGCCAGACUCCCAGUCCUCUCCUCUGGUGCGGAGCGGACUGCUGGGUACUGCCAGGGUUCCUCUGGGCUCGGCCACAUGUGUGUCCUGGGGAGGAGCCCACUAUCGCACUUUUGACAGGAAGCACUUCCACUUUCAGGGAAGCUGUACGUACCUGCUGGCCUCAUCUACCGAUGGCACCUGGGCAGUCUACAUCAGUACAAUCUGUGACCAGAGAGGAGACUGUAACAAGGCGCUGAGGAUGAUGCUGGGUCUGGAUUUGGUUUCUAUUCACCAUAAAAAUGUAACACUGAACAGCCUGCCUGUUCUAAAUGGGGAGCCACUAUUUCAAAAUGGAGUGAGCGUCCACUGGCUUGGGGACUAUGUGUUUGUGGAGAGUGGGGUGGGGGUCAGGGUGAAGUUCGACAUGGUCAACACAGUGUAUGUGACGGUGACCUCUGAGCAGCUGGGGACCACCAGGGGUCUCUGUGGAGUCUUUAACAACAAUGCUGAUGAUGAUUUCACCACCAUGGCUGGAGACGUGUCUUCAUACGCUGCCAGUUUUGGAAACUCAUGGAAAAUUCCGGACCAGCACAACGAGGACUGCAGUGAUGCAGCUGAGCUUGGCCACAGCUGUGAUGUCACAGGAGAUCCCGCUCUACACCAGCGGGCAGAAUCAGUGUGUCGUCAGCUGCUGGAAAAACCCUUCACACACUGCCACAGCCAGGUGGAUCCAGGAGCCUACAUGGACAGCUGUCAGUACUUGUACUGCAGCCUCCCACCCAAAGAGAGGCAGGCUGCAGUGUGUGACACCCUGGCCAGCUACACCCGGGAGUGUGCUGAACAACACGUCAUCAUAAUGUGGAGGACCGCAGCACUAUGUGGUCGUGUCUGCCCCAGAGGACAGGUCUUUUCAGACUGUGUGUCCUCCUGUCCUCCGAGCUGCUCUUCUCCUCACCCCCCGGGGCCUGCUGCAGCCGUGGGUCAGUGCAGAGAGGAGUGUGUGGGGGGCUGCGAGUGUCCUCCUGAUCGCUACCUUUACCAGGGUCUCUGCUUGAAAAUAGAAGACUGUCCCUGUUUCCACCGCAGGCGCAUCCACCAGCCUGGGGACAGGAUACAGAUGAGAUGCAACACCUGUGUGUGCAGGGCGGGUCAGUGGGAGUGUACAAGAGAGAAGUGCGCCGGCCAGUGCACUCUGAUGGGGGCAUUGCAGGUGACCACAUUCGACAAAAAACGGUAUGCACUGCCUGGUGGAAACUGCCCUUUCAUCGUUGUGGAGGACUUUGUGGACAGGAAGUUGGCGGUGGGAGUGCGUUGUGGAGAGUGUGCAGCUGGGAAUGGGGCAGCGGGAGGAGAAACGGGCUGUCUGAAGGAGAUAACAGUGACGGCUCUGCACACAACAGUCACCGUGACACACACUGGCACCGUGACUCUGAAUGGCCAACGGGAGAUGAUGCCUGUGGCGACUGGAGACCUGGUUUUGCGCAAGGCCACCUCUUCUUUCAUCGUCAUCCAGGCUUUUGGAGCCCAGCUUCUGUGGUACUUAGAUGGAUCCUUUACCCUCAUCAGCCUGCAGCCUGGUUUUGCCAACAAGGUGCGUGGUCUAUGUGGAACUCUGACUUGGAGCCAGCAUGAUGACUUUACCACCCCAGAGGGAGAUGUGGAGAACAAUGUUUUAUCCUUCGCAGAGAAAUUCACAAGUGAGCCCUGCACCCUGCCUGGAGGAACUCCAGCUGAUCCCUGCUCCACAUACACCCAGAGGAGAAUCUACGCCCAGACAGUGUGUGCCAUCAUGCAUAGUCCGGUCUUUCAGCUGUGUCAUGACGUAGUGGACAGGGAGCCGUAUUUUCGUCUCUGCCUGUCGGAGGUGUGUGGCUGUGAUCCACAGAGGACAUCAUGUCACUGCACCGUCCUCACUGCCUACGGCCGACACUGCGCUCAGGAGGGCGUCACAGUCCAGUGGCGCAACCAAACACUCUGCCCGGUCCAGUGCACAGGGGGCCAGGUGUACCAGGAGUGUGGUCGUGCCUGCGGUGGCUCCUGCUCAGACCGGCGUCAGGGCUGGAGCUGUGACGAGUUCAGCUCUGAAUCAGGACGCGGCGUGUGUGUUCCAGGUUGUCAGUGUCCUGCAGGACUUUUGCAGGACCAGCAAGGCCAGUGUGUGCCUCUCUCUCUGUGCCCCUGCAUGGAAGGAGACAAGGUGUACUCAGCAGGCGCUGUGGUGCAGAAAGGCUGCAACACCUGCGUGUGUGAGCAGGGAGUGUUUAACUGCACCCAGGAGUUCUGUGAGGAGGUACAACAGUGCCCCCACUCUCUGGUCUACUCUCCACGCUCCUGCCUCCUGACCUGCUCCAGUCUGGAGCCUCCUGGCCAUCAGCCUGUGUCCAGCGUCUCACACUCCAGCUGCAGGGAGCCACUGUCUGGCUGCGUCUGUCCUCAGGGAACUGUCUCUCUAGAGGAUCGCUGUGUUCCACCAGAGGAGUGUCCAUGUCACCAUAACGGCCAACUUUAUUACACCAAUGACACCAUCAUUAAAGACUGCAACACAUGUGUGUGUAAGAAGCGGCGCUGGCGCUGCUCCCAGACCGUCUGUGCCGGUGUGUGCGUUGCCACCGGAGAUCCACACUAUGUGACGUUUGACGGCCGCUGCUACUCGUACCUGGGUGACUGCCAGUACGUGUUGGCUCGGGAGAACAGCGGCUUGUUCAGCGUGACGGCGGAGAACGUGCCCUGUGGCAGCACCGGCGUCACCUGCACCAAGUCGGUCACCCUCAGCCUCGGAAAUACGGUCAUACACCUGCUGAGAGGUAAAGCAGUAACGGUGAAUGGAAUGCCUGUUUCCUUACCAAAGACCUACAGUGGCAGCGGUCUGGCUCUGGAGAGAGCCGGCAUAUUUGUCGCUCUGUUUUCCCGACUAGGAAUCACCUUACUCUGGGAUGGAGGGAUGCGUGUGUACGUGCGCCUGGCGCCCCACCUGCGGGGUCAGGUGGAAGGCCUGUGCGGGAACUUCGAUGGAGACACGGAGAACGACUUCACAACACGGCAAGGCAUCGUGGAGUCCACGCCGGAGUUGUUUGGAAAUUCGUGGAAGGUCAGCCCUUCCUGCCCCGACGUGGAAAACCAGGAUGUCAGAGAUCCCUGCGCUCUGAAUCCCCACAGAGUGACCUGGGCCAGGAAGAGGUGUGCAGUGCUGACUCAGGAGCUGUUUUCACGCUGCCAUGCUGAGGUUUCCUUCCAGCAGUAUUAUGACUGGUGUGUCUUUGAUGCUUGUGGCUGUGACUCCGGUGGGGACUGUGAAUGUCUCUGCACAGCUGUUGCUUCAUAUGCAGAGGAGUGCAACCGGAGAGGAGUCUACAUCCGCUGGAGGUCUCAGGAUCUGUGCCCUCUUCAGUGUGAUGAAGGGCAGCUCUAUGAUCCAUGUGGUCCAGCCUGCACUCCGUCCUGCCCCGGUGUCCAGCAGAGUCCACACUCUCAGUGUGGAGUGCUGUUCUGUGUGGAGGGCUGCUUCUGCCCUGCUGGCACAGUCAGACACGGUGAUGGCUGUAUAAAACCCACCCAGUGUCCUUGUGAAUGGGAAGGCUCCAUGUUUCCACCUGGAAGUGCCAUCACCAAUCACUGCCAGAACUGUUCCUGUGAAGAGGGCGUGUGGCGCUGUGAGGGCGUGUCUUGCCCUCCUCCCCCGGCUCCUUGCCUGGAGUCAGAGUUUUCCUGUGCCAGCGGACGCUGCAUCUUCUCUCAGUGGGUGUGUGACAACGAGGACGACUGCGGAGACGGUUCGGAUGAGGUCUGUCCAACCACCUGCUCCCCACAGCAGUUCAGAUGUUCCAGCAGCCCGAGUGGACCAUGUUUGAACCUGGCUCUGCGUUGUGAUGGCCACCCAGACUGUGCUGACCAAUCGGAUGAGGAGUUCUGCGGACCCCCCACCCCGGCGCCUCUGUGUCCUCUCGGAGAGUUUCAGUGUGCCAACGGAAAGUGUCUUCCAGCCAGCCGUGUGUGUGAUGGACGGCUGGACUGUGGCUUCGCUGAUGGGUCUGAUGAGCAAGACUGCGGUGUGGUGUGUGAAGAAGGGGAGUUCCUGUGUCCAGGAGGACGCUGCAUCCUCUACAUCCACCGCUGUGACGGCCAUGAUGACUGUGGAGACCUCAGUGAUGAAAGGGGGUGUGUGUGCUCACCAGGAGAGUUUCAGUGUCCCAACGAUCAGUGUGUCCCUGCACACACACUCUGUGAUGGACGCAGAGACUGCCCUUCAGGAACAGAUGAAGCUGUCUGCCCAAAGAAAGUGACCUGUGCUCCCCAUCAGUUUGCCUGCAGCGAUGGUUCAUGCGUUGCCAAAACGAAGCUGUGUGAUGGAACAGCGGACUGUCCGGGCAGAGAGGAUGAGAACAGAACCAGCUGCUCCGCUGGAAUCACUCCGUCACCUGUCACACCAUCUUCAGUUUGUAGGUCCUAUGAGUUGAGGUGUGCCAGCGGGGGUCAGUGUGUGCCUCAGGCGUGGCGUUGUGACGGGGAAACGGACUGCGUGGACGGCAGUGAUGAGCAGCAGUGUCCUGCUCCCUGUGGACCGGGCCAGACGCUCUGCCUCAGUGGGGACCAGUGCGUGGAUUACCAGCAGCUCUGUGACGGAACCCCCCACUGCAGAGACGCAUCCGAUGAGACCGUCAACACCUGUGGCUCCGCUCAGAUACCAUCCUGUCCGGGAAGCUUCCCAUGUGACAACCGCACCUGUGUGAACGUGACCCAAGUCUGCAAUGGCGUCCCAGACUGCCCACGCGGCGACGAUGAGUUGGUGUGUGAUCAAACCGUUUCAGCAGCUCCCCCUGGCGGUCGAAACGUCUCUGCGCCCUGCUCUGAGUUCAGCUGUAUGGAUGGAAGCUGUUUACCAUUCAACAGGGUGUGUAAUGGUGUAGCAGACUGUCCUGACUCUUCACUAACCCCGUCUGGAGGGCCCACAGAUGAGCAUGGAUGUAGGACUUGGGGCUCUUGGGGCCCCUGGAGCUCCUGCAGCGCCUCCUGUGGAUCAGGUACCAUGAACCGGCGGAGAUCCUGCCCCCCAGGUGACCCACUUCACCGCUGCCUCGGCCAACACACCCAGAAGCAGCAGUGCUUCAACACCACUUGCCCCGUGGAUGGUCAGUGGUUGCCAUGGAGCAGCUGGUCCAGCUGUUCCCGUGGUUGCGGUGAGGUGCAGGUGAGGCUCAGAGACUGCAGUUCUCCUCGCUAUGGAGGUCGCCGCUGUUCCCAGCUCCCCGGACCCUCUAACAUCUCCCUGGAGAUCAAACCAUGUCCUGAUGAUGGCUGUGUUGACACCAGCUGUCCUCCUGGCCUGGUGAGGCGCCACUGUGCUCCGUGUCCCUCCUCCUGCGCUCACAUCAGCAGUGAGUCGACCUGUGACCCUGCAACGCCCUGCUUCUCUGGCUGCUGGUGCCCUGAAGGCCAAGUGAUGAGUCACACACAGCAGUGUGUGUCACCCGGAGAGUGUGUGUGUGAGGUGGCCGGUGUUCGCUACUGGCCGGGUCAGCAGAUGAAAGUGGACUGUGACCUCUGUGUGUGUGAGAGGGGAAGGCCUCAGGGGUGUCGGCCCAACCCAGACUGCUCAGUGCACUGCAGCUGGUCGUCAUGGUCUGAGUGGGGAGAGUGUUUGGGCCCCUGUGGGGUCCAGAGUGUCCAGUGGUCAUUCCGGAGCCCCGAUAAUCCCACCAAGCACGGGGAUGGGAGGGUGUGCAGAGGGAUUUACAGAAAGGCUCGCCGGUGUCAGACAGAACCCUGUGAUCAGUGUCGCCAUCACAGUCGAUCCCAUGUAGUUGGAGAAAGAUGGAAAGUGGAGCCCUGCCAGUUAUGCCAUUGUCUUCCCAACCUCACGGUGCAGUGCGCCCCCUACUGUCCAUACUCAGUCACCGGGUGCCCAAUGGGUCUAAAGCUCAUCACUGGAGAGGGGAACAGGUGCUGCUACUGCCAAGGUGAAAAUGGGACAACGAUGGUAACAGAAACUCCUGGCAUUAUGACAUCCAAACCCAGGGAUGUUACUCCUGUAGUACCUACAUAUCCUUUUCCACCUGGAGAUGAGUGUUGGGUUCCUCUGGGUGUCCAGACCCUCCCAGUGUCUAGUUUUACUGCCUCGUCGCACCAGGAGGGCCACCCACCUGACGCAGCACGUCUUCAUAGGUGGGACCCCAGUAGAGAUCUCCAGGGCUGGAGUCCAGAGCCAGAGGAGUAUAAAGACCUGCCACAAAAGAGACGCGAAGGACAAAGUGUCAACACGCAAAGCCCCUACAUACAGAUCGACCUACUCAAACCUUACAACAUCACUGGCGUGCUGACCCAGGGAGGUGGGGUGUUCGACACAUUUGUGUCCAGCUUCUAUCUCGAGUUCAGCCAUGAUGGAAAACGUUGGUACACUUACAAGGAGCUUCCUUCUGAUGCGCCACCCAGAGCCAAGGUUUUCCUCGGUAACGAUGAUGAUCGAGGCGUGAUGGAGAGUAGACUGGAAAGGAUAGUGUCGGCUCGGUUUGUUCGACUGUUGCCUCAUGACUUCCAGAACGGCAUCUACCUUCGGCUGGAGAUCAUGGGCUGUGGUGAUGGUUACCCCAGGUUAACUUUCCCAACCCCUCCUUCACCAGUCACUCUGGGUGAAGGCUGCAGAGAGAGAGAAUUCCGGUGUGAUAACGGUCGCUGUGUGCCGGCCGGCUCUCUGGGAGUUGUCUGUGACGGAGUCAAUGACUGUGGGGACGGGUCAGAUGAGAAGUACUGUGGCACCCACCCUUCCUCCACAACCACCAGUCCACGCAGCUGUCCCAUUGGUCACUUCUCUUGCCCACCACCAAGGGGUUGCAUUGAGGCAGACAGGCGCUGUGAUGGUUUCCCUGACUGUCCUAAGGGAGAGGAUGAAAAUGGAUGCCAUCUACAUGACAUCACUACACAGUCAGACAGGCCACACACACCCACCCCAUCUCCUCUGAAGACCCCAUCAAUGGUUGCUGUUACUCUCUCUACUGCAUCACCGACUGACGGCGGUCCAGGAUACCACAGCCUUUGCUCCUCUCCUCUUGGACUGGAGGAUGGGAGGAUUCACUACGGUCAGCUGUCCUCAUCCUCUCAGCAUGAGAACAACCCCGCUGACGCCGGGAGACUAAACAUCGUCCCCAACAUUCCAGUUAUGGAACCUGGCUGGAGCCCCCUACCUGAGGACCCCCAGCCAUAUUUUCAGGUGGAUUUCCUGGAGCCCACUUGGGUGUCAGGAGUGGUGACACAGGGCAAUGAGCACAUGUGGGGCUACCUCACCAAAUACCGCCUGGCCUUUGCCCCCCAGAGCGCCCUCUUCUCGGAUUUCACAGCAAAUGGAAAGUUUGACGGCCCUGCCAAGGUGUUUGAGGUUCGGAUGGUGGGCAGGACCCCCGUGACCCGCUGGUUGGGCCGGUUGGUAAGAGCUCAGUACAUCAGAAUCAUCCCUGUGGAGUUCAGGGACACCUUCUACCUCCGUGUGGAGAUUCUUGGCUGCAGAGGAGAUGAGUAUGUGACCACAUCGCCCUCUGGGGUUGGGACAGUGACAGUGCAGCGCUGCAAGCCAGGCCAGUUUCUAUGCCACGGCAGUGAGGAGUGCAUCCCUGUGUCUUUGCUUUGUGACGGUCAGCCAAACUGUAAGGACUACUCUGAUGAGACGAACUGUGGAACUGCUCCCACCAGAGGUUUUCCAGGCCUCCGCAAUCAGACCAGCUACACUGGAAAACCUGGUAUCCAUGGUGACAACACAACAGGCGGCCCUGGGCUGCACACUACCAAGUCUGAAGAUGGCUUUCCUGGUGUGGCAUCACCUGCAGUCACUCCCAGAUCUCAGCCACCAAGUUCAGGAGUCACAACAGGCCAACCUGGACUCCAUCUUACUUCCUCAGUGCAGCCUGGCAGACCCGGUCUUCAAACCACAGAAGCACCAUCAGUCAUCACAAGCACAGACACCGGUUUGCCCAGAGUGCUUUGCAUAGAGGGCCAGUUCGCAUGCUGGUCAUUUGGCUGUGUGGACUCUGCACGAGUGUGCGACGGAAGGAAGGAUUGCUUAGAUGGUUCAGAUGAAGAACGUUGUGGUACAACAACCAGCCCAGCAGUAACUCCAUGGCGCCCCCUGGUGCCCAGACCCUGCUCCCCAAAGCAGUUCUCUUGUGACAGCGGUGAGUGCGUUCACAAGGAUCGCAGGUGUGACCUGCAGAGGGAUUGUAUUGAUGGAUCGGAUGAAAAAGACUGUGUGGACUGCAUAAUGUCCCCAUGGACAGCCUGGAGUGGCUGCAGUGUGACGUGUGGUCUCGGCUCCCUGUUCCGGCAGAGGGACAUUCUAAGAGACGCCCUGCCUGGAGGAUCCUGUGGUGGAGCUCAGUUUGACAGUCGAGCCUGCUUUCCUCGAGCAUGUCCAGUUCAUGGUCACUGGUCGGCAUGGACAGAGUGGUCAGAGUGUGAUGCUCUGUGUGGAGGAGGAGUUAGACAGAGGAGCAGAACCUGCUCAGCUCCUCCUCCUAAAAAUGGAGGGCGGGACUGUGAGGGCAUGACCCGACAGAGCCAAACUUGCAACAUCCAGCCCUGCACCAACGAGACAGGCACACAGACAGGCUGCGUCAGCGGCAUGGUGCUGGUGAAAGAAGAAGAUUGCCGAGCUGGACGGGUUGAUCUCUGUCCUCCCACCUGCUCAGACCUCAGCAUGACCAGCAACUGCUCUGCAACAUGUGUCAUCGGCUGCCGCUGUCCCUACGGGCUGUACCUUCAGGGCGGCCGAUGUGUGAACUCCAGCCAAUGCGUCUGUCACUGGGAUGAUGAAACCUUGCAGCCUGGGCAAGUGAUCAGCAGAGAUCAGUGCACCACGUGCAUGUGCAGAGAAGGGCAGGUCACUUGUGACACUUCUAGAUGUCUGGAGACCUGUCAGUGGUCCGCCUGGUCUGCAUGGUCUCCAUGUGAUGUGACGUGUGGUGUGGGGAUGCAGCAACGCUACAGGUCUGUGCUGAUCUCAGCUGGACCAAUCAGAGCGCAGCCCUGUUCGGGAGAUGCCUCUGAGUCCCGACGCUGUUCCAUCCCAUGUCUCCCUGUUCUACCAGGUGGCACAUGGAGUAGAUGGACCAGCUGGUCAGAGUGCACUAAGACAUGUUUCAGUGACGUGGACGAUGUGGGAAUCAGACGCCGAUUUCGCAGCUGCAACCAAACACCCUCGGCUUUCAACCGUACACACACACAACCUGUGUGUGAUGGAGACGAUGAGGAGCUUGAGCCCUGCAACACCGAGCACUGUCCAGUGGAUGGAGGCUGGUCGCUCUGGUCCCACUGGUCUCGCUGUUCGUCUGACUGUGACUCUGGCGUCCAGACGAGGGAGAGGCUCUGCAGUUCACCGACGCCACAGCAUGGGGGCAGUAACUGCUCUGGGCCUCACAUACAAACAAAGGACUGCAACUCCCAUCCCUGUUCAGGUGUGUGUCCAGAGGGCAUGACCUACAUGACAGCAGCGGAGUGUGAGGCUCAGGGCGGGGCGUGUCCGAGGGUGUGCAUGGACAUGACCUCCGCAGACGUUCAGUGCGCCACCUCCUGUUACGACGGCUGCUACUGUGCCCCGGGGUUCUACCUGUUCAACAGCAGCUGUGUCCCUCUGGCGCAGUGCCCCUGUUACCACCAGGGGGCGAUGCACCCAGCGGGAGCCACCCUGCCUGCUGACGCCUGUAACAACUGUACCUGCACUGAUGGAGAAAUGGAGUGUGGGUCUACUCCAUGCCCAGUGGACUGUGGUUGGAGCAGCUGGACGCAGUGGAGCACAUGCACUCGGACGUGCGAUGUGGGUAUCAGACGGCGGUACCGCUCAGGAACCGAUCCUCCUCCAGCCUCCGGAGGUCGUCCCUGCAAAGGAGAGAGAGUCAGUGCUGAUACCUGCAGCGUCGAGCCCUGUCUGGGUAUCAGAGAACCGUGGAGCUCGUGGUCGGAGUGCUCUGUGACGUGCGGAGGAGGUUACCGGACCCGGACCCGCGGGCCAAUCAGGACCCACGGCACAGCCCAGCAGUUCAGCGCUUGUAACCUGCAGCCGUGUGGUGGGGGCAGGACUUGUCCUCCAGGCCAGCAGUGGACACAGUGUGUGGUGGGACCUGUGACCUGUACUGACCUUACUCUGAACCUGAGCAGGAACUGCACUCCAGGCUGCCAGUGUCCACAUGGGACUGUCCUGCAGGACGGUAAGUGUGUUCUGCAGUCAGACUGUCCCUGUGAUGCCGACAGAGAGCCAUCCAAACCUGGAGACACUGUGCCUAACAAAUGCAAGAACUGUACCUGUGAAAGAGGAAGGCUGGUAAACUGCUCUCGGGUCAGCUGCAACGUGGACGGCCAGUGGUCAUUAUGGACUCCCUGGAGUCGGUGCUCAGUGUCGUGUGGAGCAGGUCUCCAGUCUCGGUACCGGUUCUGCUCCAGUCCCCAGCGGUCAGGCAGUGGACUCCCGUGUCUUGGUCCUCACCGCGAGGAUCAAGUCUGCAUCGUCUCCCCGUGUGACCUUGACGGGGCCUGGAGUCGGUGGAGUGACUGGACCGACUGCUCCAAGUCGUGCGGUGGAGGGAUCCAGAGCCGGAGGAGACUCUGUGACUCGCCCAGUCCUGAGGGGGCCGGGAGCUACUGCGAGGGCCUGGGGACAGAAGUCAGGGCCUGUAACACCGACCACUGUCCAGUGCCGCCUUGCUCCAAGGUCCCAGGAACGGUUUUCAGCAGCUGUGGGCCGUCCUGCCCUCGGUCCUGUGACGACCUGUCACACUGUGAGUGGCACUGUGAGCCGGGCUGCUACUGCACCGACGGGAAGGUCCUCUCAGCCAAUGGGACGGUCUGCCUAGCGAGGGAUGGCUGUCCCUGCUUGGACAUAAACUCUGGGCGUCGUGUGGAGCCAGGAGAGUCCACUGAGGCCCCUGAUGGCUGCAACAACUGCACAUGUCAGGGUGGCAAGUUCAACUGCACCAGAGAGCCGUGUCCAGUGUCGGGUGGGUGGUGUGAGUGGUCAGACUGGACCCCCUGCUCCAGAACCUGUGGGGCGGAGUCACUGUCCCGCUACAGGAGCUGCAGCUGUCCUGAGCCUAAAGCUGGGGGAGACCCCUGUGCUGGAGGACAGGAAACGCACAACGGGAUCGGAGCGCAAAUACAGAGACGGCCCUGCCCUGUCGUCACGUUCUGCCCAAAUCUGUGCCACUGGAGUGUGUGGAGUGUUUGGACAGCGUGCGCACAGCCGUGCAGCGGCGGAGUCAGGCAGCGCUACAGGCGACCCCUGGCCUCCCCGGCGGGGCCCCGCUGCAGGAGCCAGCAGACGCAGAGCCAGAGCUGCAACACUGGACUCUGUCCAGGUGAGCGCUGUGAGGACAGGCAGCGGAUCUACCAGGAGAGCUGUGCUAACCAGUGUCCUCGCAGCUGUGCAGACUUAUGGGAACAUGUGCAGUGUCUGCAAGGAAGCUGCCACUCAGGCUGUCGAUGUCCUGAUGGCCAGUUGCUGCAGGAUGGCCGCUGCGUCCCGGUGAGCCAGUGUCGCUGUGGAAUCCCAUCAGGCAAUGGGACAGCAGAGUUCAGCCCUAAGGAGGAGCUCGCUAUCGAAUGUAACACUUGUGUGUGUGAGAACGGCACUCUGGUGUGCACCACAACUCCCUGUCCAGUUUAUGAACCUUGGAGCCCGUGGAGCUCCUGCUCGGUGUCCUGCGGACCUGGACAAAGAACCAGGACACGGAGCUGCCAGGACACACAGGGCGGUCCCCCCUGUGCUGCCACCACACAGACUGAGAGCUGCGAUCUGCCGUCCUGUCCAGAGUGUCCCAGCAGGCAGGUUUACAGCAACUGUUCAGCUUCUUGUCCUUUCACAUGUGAGGACCUGUGGCCACACACCCAGUGUUUACCUGUACCCUGUACCUCCGGCUGUUCUUGUCCUCCUGGACAGGUGUUGUAUGAGGGCUCCUGUGUGCCUUACGCAGACUGUCCCUGUUCGUCACUCUCUUUGCCACCUGAAUACCAAAGCUGGAACACAAGCGGCGAAGGCUUUACGGAGGUUCUGCUGCAGCCUGGAACAGUUAUUCAGCACCGCUGCAACACAUGCGUUUGUCGAAGCGGAGCGUUCAGCUGCACCUCAGAGAGCUGCGACGUGGCCUGCCAGUGGUCCAGCUGGUCACCAUGGAGUCCGUGCUCGGCCAGCUGUGGUACCGGCCAGCAAAGCUCCACCAGACGGGUUCUGCAGCCCAGCCUGUACGGCGGAGCCCCGUGUGACGGACUGAACAUCAGGAGUACGGCCUGCGUAGCUCCUGACUGUGCGUGUCCCAAUGGGGAGCGAUGGAGGCGGAGCCGCCCGGAGGAGGAGGAGGCCCCGCCGUGUGAGAGGAGCUGCGGGGACAUUUACUCCGCCCCCCCCACCAGCUGCAGCCGCUCGGCCGGGGGCUGCGUGUGUCUGGAGGGGCUGUAUCGAAACCCGGCGGGCGCCUGCGUCAUCCCCGCCCUCUGCCCCUGCCACGACCAGGGAUUCCUGCGAGAGGGGGAAGUGAAAGUGGAGGAACCAGGCAGCUGCUGUCCAGUCUGCAGGAAACGGUUCCCAGGUGAGCCUGGGGCGGAGUGCAGGCGCUACGUCGAGGUCCGGAACAUCACCAAGGGAGACUGUCGGCUUGACAACGUGGAGGUCAGCUUCUGCAGGGGACGCUGUCUGUCCUGGACUGAUGUCAUCAUGGAGGAGCCCCACCUCCACUCAGAGUGCGAGUGCUGCAGCUACAAGCUGGACCUGGUGAAACCGGUCCGCUUCCUCAACCUGCAGUGUGCGAGUGGAGAAAGUGAGCAGGUCUUCCUACCAGUCAUUACCAGCUGCGAGUGCACCAGCUGCCACGGAGGCGACGUGUCCAGACGCUGA